AUGAGCUACCUCCAAACCCAGGAUAUAGGGCGUAACAACUCUCCUCCGGGACGAGUAAAAUGGACACUUCAGAAUAUCAGAACUGAGAGUGGCGGGCAACCUAAGGAAGCAGUCAGAAUGACAAAGGGCCAACCGAACGACAAAGAGGAUAUGAACCCAAAGAUGAGUAGCGCCCCCUCCCUAAGUCAGGAUCGGAACCUUCCGUGUACGCAUUCAGUAUCCUACCACAGUACUAACCAGAUAAAGGCCAAGUCUAAUUCGGGAGUCAGCAAACUCCCAGGGGAACAAGAGGCAGCUUUAACGGGGAACCUCCAGAACAAGAACUACUGA